UUGCUCUUCAUAGAUUCUUAAGCCGAGAAGUGUUCCAUAACUUUCUGUCUGGGUAAAGAUUCGAAGAGGGAGUCCAGAAGCAACAGCUCAGGACAGGCUUUUCCUGCGCUCAAGAGGCUAAGAGCACCUGCAGCUAUGGGGCCAGACCUGGGUAUCAAGAGCUGUGACUUGCAAGCUGCAAAGAAUAAUGAGGAGCACCACACCCAGGCCAUCAGCUCCCGGCGCCUCAUUGUACGAAGGGGGCAGUCCUUCACCAUCACCCUGCACUUCCAGUCCCCCAUCCAGAAGUUCCUGCGUGCCCUCAAGAAGGUAGCCCUUAUUGCACAGACUGGAGAGCAGCCUUCCAAGAGCAGCAGGACCCAAGCCACAUUCCCAGUUUCCAGACCGGGGGAUCCAAAGUGGUGGAGGGCCGCGGUGGAGGAAAGAGAUGCCAGCUUCUGGACCGUCUCUGUGACCACGCCCGUGGACGCUGUCAUUGGCCACUACUCGCUCCUGCUGCAGGUCUUAGGCCAGAAGCAGCACUUCCUGGGCCAGUUCACGCUGCUCUUUAACCCCUGGAACAGAGAGGACGCUGUAUUUCUGCACAACGAGGCUCAGCGCGAGGAGUACGUGUUGGACCAGAAUGGCCUCAUCUUCCUGGGCACAGCUAACUGCAUCCAGGAAGAGCCCUGGGACUUUGGCCAGUUCGAAAGGGAUGUCAUGGACCUCAGCCUGGAUUUGCUGGGUGUAGACAAGCAGGUGGAGGAGUGGAGCCAGCCUGCACAUGUGGCCCGUGUGCUGGGCGCCUUGCUGCACGCUCUCAAGGAAAAGAAGGUCCUGCCCGUGCCGCAGACCCAGGCCACCCAGGAACAUGUUCUGCUGAACAAGCGCCGGGGCAGCGCGCCCAUCCUGCGGCAGUGGCUCACUGGCCAAGGGCGGCCUGUGUAUGAGGGUCAGGCCUGGGUGCUGGCUGCUGUUGCCUGCACAGUGCUGAGGAGCCUGGGAAUCCCGGCCCGGGUGGUCACCACAUUCAACUCAGCCCAGGGCACCGGUGGGAGCCUGCUGGUGGACGAGUACUACAAUGAGGAGGGGCUGCAGAACGGAGAAGGCCAGAGAGGCCGCAUCUGGGUCUUCCAGACUUCCACAGAGUGCUGGGUGACCAGGCCUGAUUUGUGCAAGUCUUACGGUGGAUGGCAGAUUCUGUACCCAAAGGCUCUGCGCGGAGGUGGAGUCCUGGGAGCCUGUGAUCUGGUCCCGGUCAGAGCAGUCAAGGAGGGGGCACUGGAGCUGAUGCCUGCAGUGUCGGACCUUUUUGCCUCGGUGAAUGCCUCCUGUGUGGUCUGGAAGUGCCGUGAGGAUGGGAAGCUGGAGUUGACCAGCUUCAACACCAAGUAUGUUGGGAACAACAUCAGCACCAAGGUUGUGGGCAGCGCCCGCUGUGAGGACAUCACUCGGCACUACAAGUACCCUGCAGGGUCUCUUGAAGAGAAAGAGGUGUUAGACAGAGUCCAGAAGGAGAGGAUGAGGCACAAGAAGCACAGGAGCAUCCACCCCCCGAGUUGUGAAUCGGAUGAUCCACUGUACCUGUUCUUAGAAGUGCCCAGCUUCCUCCCCCUGGGAGGAGACGCCCAGAUCUCAGUGACCGUGAAAAACCCUGGCAACCAGGAGAAGGCAGUGCAGCUGGUGAUUCGGGCCCAGGCAGUAAACUACAAUGGAGUCCUUGCCACUGACCUCUGGAGGGAGAAACAGUCAUUCAGCCUCAGAGCCAAUGAGGUUCGAAAUAGAACCAUCCACCUGUCCUCCUCCUCUUUUGAGCACAACCUACCUGAGAACAGCUGCCUCAGACUCACUGCGGUGGCCACGCACUCUGCUUCCAGCCUGAGCUGCUUUGCUCAGGAGGACAUGGCCAUCGAGAGACCUCGCCUCGCCAUCGUGAUGCCGGAAGUAGCGGAGCAGUAUCAACCUCUCAGGGUUGAAGUCAGCAUCCACAACUCCCUGGAUUCCCCCAUGAAGGAUUGUGAAGUCACCAUCUUUGGAAGGGGCCUCAUUCACAGAGAGAAGAGAUACAAGUUAAAUCCAGUGCGGCCUGGAAAAACCUUGUGCACCUCGUUCCAGUUCACACCGACGCAGCUGGGGCCUCACAGGCUCACUGUGGAAAUGGACUGCGACAUGUUCCAGAACCUAAUCAGCCACAAAAGUGUCACCGUGGUAGCCCCGGAAUUUUCAGCUUAAAUUUCCAGCUCCAUCAGCACCACUCUUUUUUCUUGAGACAGGGUCUCGA